AAAACACAACUCAACCCGGGGUCUUUCCUCUUCAGUCUCCUUUAGAGCAUCAGAGAAGACCUGCUCUGCCAUAAUCAUUAUGAAGCCGGCAGUCAAGUGUUUGUGCUUCUUGCAUUUGGCCUUUUUUAGUCUUGGACUGGACGCCUUCAUAUCAGCCAGCAGAAGCAAAGCCACUCAGUCUGAUGCAGGGUAUCAGAGCCAGGGCAGAAUGCCUCCAUUGUUUGCGAGGAGGGGACAGCAGCGCCUUGGUGUGCUGGUUAAACACAGGAUUGUUUCACCUCAAAACGUCGUUCCUCGUCCCAGAGAGGUCCCAAACCCCAUCCUCUCCAAGUGCUCCCAGCUCGGACAGAGCUGCGUGCCUCUGUGGGGCUGCUGCGGUCGCUGUGAAACAUGCCACUGCCGCUUCUUCAACGCAAUCUGCUUCUGUCGGAAAGCCAAGUCCCAGUGUGGCAUAAAAUUACUGAACACAAAGUCAAAAAAGAGACCCAACCCUAAAAAAACACUUGGCCUUUGAAAGAAAUUCAACUGGAGGCAUCAGCCUCUGUGAACAGUCUAAAUCAAUGUAUCCCUCUUGUAGAAGGAACCUGCUUAAUUAUAACCACUUUAUAAACAAGUUUACAUUUCUUUAGAUAUUUAU